AUGAAAGUGCACGAGACGAGAAAGAAGCUUGGAACGAAAUUGCAAUCCGUGGCCAGUUUGUACGUCCUGUUCAACUUGGUCUCGAGAGCUGUGUACGGCGAUAAUGCGAUAGAUAAAUCGUACCCGCUGGCGGCCGCUUGCAAUGCGAGCGAUCAACGUCUGAGUGUGGUGAAUCCAGCAGUAGGCGGUGAGUCGCCGCCCGAUACCGUGAUGUACGAGGUGUCCUGCGUUGCCGGGAACAAAGUGGACGCCGCGUACGCGGUGAAGAGCCUGUCCAACGUGAUACCGCACAGCAUGGGCCACUCGGUGUCGACGGCGCACCGCCACCACGGCCACUCGCAGUCGUACAAGCACAGGCCCGAGCCGCCGCCGCCGCCGGUUAGCAAGCCCGACGCGCUCAAGUCUCACGUGAUGAGGCUCCUCAAGCGCUCGAAGAGCCACACGCCAGCGACCAGGGUAGCAGAGGUGCAAGGAGACGCGCGCGCCUUCGACCGCCGUACGGUCUUCUCGCGCCCCGUGGCAGACGAGCAGAGGAGGCGGCGCAACUCGGCCGAGAGGCGGCGCAGCGCCGACAAGCGGGUGAUGGUGACGAUAGUCGACGGCCUGCCCGUGGUGGUGACGGGCCGGGGUGAGAUGCAGCCGCAGCCGCCGCCGCCGCCCCCGCCCCACCACCACCCGCCGCCGGUGACGCAUCACAGGCACACGCACAGGGACAAGGUCGCAGCCACUUCUCCCGACGACAAACGC